GCUGAGAGCUCCCUCCUCCUUUUCCUCCUUUCCUUCCUUCCUUCUCAUCAUCCAAUUUGCACACUGCUUGAUCCCCUCCAUUAGUGUCUCUCCUCUGUAUCUGCUCAUUACACUUCUCCUCUUCUUAUUUGUCUCCGCUGGCUCAGCUUGGUUUUCCUCUGCGUGGUUGACCCCGUCAGACUUUUGCGAGCAGGCGUGGGUGCAGAAGACAGAGAAAGACAAAGAGUUGGCCCAUGCGAGCAGCAAAAGCAGCAGCGUGUGGACCGAGUGCAGCCGUUUCAUCCAGAGCAGAGCCCAACAUGUGAGAAGAUGUCUGUUGGAGGUUGUGCUUGCCCCGGCUGUUCGUCAAAGUCAUUCAAGCUGUACUCUCCGAAGGAGCCCCCCAACGGUGGCAGCUUCCCCCCCUUCCACCCAGGCGCUAUGCUAGACAGAGAUGUGGGGCCUACACCCAUGUAUCCUCCAUCAUAUAUGGAGCCUGGAAUGGGGAGACCCACUCCCUAUGGGAACCAGACAGAUUACCGGAUAUAUGAACUGAACAAACGGCUACAGAAUUGGACGGAGGAUUGUGAUAAUCUCUGGUGGGACGCCUUUACAACAGAGUUCUUUGAAGAUGAUGCUAUGCUCACGAUUACGUUCUGCCUGGAGGAUGGACCCAAACGAUACACAAUUGGCAGGACGUUGAUUCCCAGAUAUUUUCGGAGUAUCUUUGAAGGCGGUGCCACAGAGCUGUUUUACGUCUUGAAGCAUCCAAAGGAAUCCUUCCACAGUAACUUUGUUUCUCUGGACUGUGACCAGUGCACCAUGGUAACCCAGAAUGGCAAACCCAUGUUUACGCAGGUUUGUGUGGAGGGCCGCCUCUACCUGGAGUUCAUGUUUGAUGACAUGAUGCGGAUUAAGACAUGGCACUUCAGCAUCAGGCAACACAGAGAAGUCCUGCCCAGAAGUAUUCUGGCUAUGCAUGAUCCCCAGAUGCUGGAUCAGCUGGCUAAAAACAUCACCAGAUGUGGGCUGUCCAACUCCACGCUCAACUACCUCCGUUUGUGUGUUAUUUUGGAGCCGAUGCAAGAGCUCAUGUCUCGACACAAGACGUACAGCUUGAGCCCCCGAGACUGUCUGAAAACUUGUCUCUUCCAGAAGUGGCAGAGAAUGGUAGCCCCUCCAGGUAACACAGCUGAGCCAGCCAGACAAGCACCAAACAAACGGCGGAAAAGGAAGGUGUCGGGCGGGAGCACGGUGAGCACAGGCGGUGGCGCGAAUAACAACAGCAACAGCAAAAAGAAGAGUCCAGCCAACAACUUUUCUCUCUCCAACCAGGACCUGGUUGGAACAAAAACCUGUACAGUGCCGGAGCUUGAAGACCGGAGUUGAGAACCACUACGCAAAAUCUUUAACCCACAUCCACAGUCUUAUUGACAAAUGAACACAAACACACACACACACACACACACGCUCCAACACACCAACACACCAACCAUACACCCAGACAGUUUGCCAACAUCCUCUUCAAAAACAUUGUGGUACUGGAAAGACGUGGUACGUGGCCUGUCUGGAUCAGAGCACCGCUACAGAUACAGUGUGUUUUCAUUUUCUAUGUUUUUAUUUUUUAUUUUCAUUAUUUUUUAUAAACAAUUUCUAAAAAAAACAGACAAGCAUACAAACACCCCAGAUUAUUCUUUGCACUGUUUUAACUAUUUACUCCAAUCUAUUUUUCUUAUUAAUUGACUGUGUAUUUUUCUUUUGAAUUUCAUUUCUAUUAAUGCUGGUGUAAGAAUUGUAAACCAUCAAAAUCUUGCAGUGUAUUGAUGUAUAAGUAUCGGUGUUAGGUCAUUCUUCUUGUGAUGUUGAUAACUUUUAUGUAAGUCUAUGCUUGAUAUUACAACAUCUGUGUCGGACAUCACAGUGUCACCAGGUCCAGUUUGGCUUUCAGUUUGGAAGGAGGACAAGGCUUGCUUUUCAGGUCACAGCCACCAAAACAUUUCAUUGUGAAAUGAUGAAAAUUUGAAAUUGGAUUAAUUGAAGUUUAGACGUAUAAAUCGUUUUUUUUUUUAAUCUAUAAAACCCUGUUUUAUUGCUCUGAAAUAUUUCAAAAGCCUGACUGUUGAAAAUCAUUGGGAGUAUGAGAGUACAUUUCAGAAAUUACCUUUUGUUUAUCUUAAAGAUGGAAUCAGAUAUUGCAGAAAAUGUGCCUUGCCAAUUGAAUCUGUAUUAAGGUUAAUGACAUUUCUUUUCAGACUGUGUACUUGACAAGUGGUACCUAGUGUAUGGGAAGAAUUGGGAAUGAUCCAUCUCAGUUGACUGCAAAAUGAGUCAUCAGUGGAAGCUGGAGUUGUACAAAACCUGCUACUGCAUUUGUGCUAAGUUGUCCUUCAUGUGUGAUAAAUUUUCCUUCAAUAAAGUGAACUACAUUAACUGCAGUGCACGCACACGACUUGACGAUCACACCAGCUUGCACAUGUCAAUAGUACAUGUGAUAUGCAACUUAAGAUAUGCGAGUGUGAAUAGAUUGAAAAGAGUGUCAAGUGGUUGUGGCCUGGAAACCUUCCCUGUACAUCCCCAACAACCACCUGGUUCAGAUCUCGUCUUUGUGGUUCCUUUUGUUUUCUCUCUGGGGAUGCGCUGUGUUGAAAGGUGACAUCAAAAACGCAAAUUUGCUACUCGAAAAUAUUUUAAAAGUACAUUUUGACACAAGUGUAAGAUAUGAAAAAAAGACUUUUGUAUUAAGUUUUCCCAGAAAUGUUUUUAAUCACACUUAAGAAAGCUGCAGACCAAGGAGCUACAUGUAAAGAUAUUGAAUACACUGCGCUGUUUGUUUAAUGAAGAAUACUUUUGUUGGCUUUACUCAUGUUUGUGUCUGUGCUUGUAUAUUUUUUAGCUAGUCAUUUCUGUAAAAGUUAUUCUAUGUAUUCCUCCCUAGACUUUAAACUCAAUCUAAUGUAAAGAGAUGAAAUUACUUCAGACAUUUUUUUUUGUUUUCCUUAAAUGUGAUUUCUAAUGGUACAAUCACUGAUGGAAAAUUGUUGCCCUCAUUUUAGCAAACUAUUUAUUUUUCUAUGUACUGACAUGCUAUUUUAGGUCUAACCCACCUGUACAGUACGUGUGACAAAGUAUGGAGGAGUCGGUGAAUACUUUAAUGCUGUUUGAUGCUCAUCUCUUGGUUUGCUACAUUUCGUUUUUGCUCAGUCCAUCCAGCUUGGUGGGUCAGUUUGGUCACAGUCAACUGAUAUUUGAUAGCCAUUUUUUUUUUUGCUGUUGUAGAUCCCUGAUCCGUCUGAAAACAUAUCAGAUGCACAAAAUAAAUAACCACAUUUAGAAAAAAAAAA